AGUAACUGCGUUUUAUCAGGGCAUUCUACGAAGAGCAACAUAUUCUUCACAUAGACCCGUUUGUCUGUAAUGCAAGGUAAACAACAACAACAACAACAACAACAACAACAACAACAACAACAACAACAAUGUUGCUGUUAUUGACAGUGGGAGAUGCCAGCUGUCACGGUGAAGGACGUCAACCAGCAGGACUUCGUGAAGGCAUUGUCGGCUUUCCUUAAAAAGUCUGGUAAACUGAAGGUCCCUGAAUGGGUGGACACAGUGAAACUGGCAAGUCAUAAAGAGCUGGCUCCCUGUGAUGACAACUGGUUCUACACCAGAGUCGCCUCCACGGCGCAACACCUGUAUCUGAGGGGUGGGGUGGGGGUGGGCGCUAUGAUCAAGGUCUACGGUGGACGGCAGAGGAACGGCGUGUGCCCCGCCCACUUCAGCGUGGGCUCCAGGAACGUGGCCCGGAAGGUCCUGCAGGCGUUGGAGGCCCUCAAGAUGGCGGAGAAGGACCCCAAUGGCGGCCGGAGACUAACACCUCAAGGCCAGCGAGAUCUCGAUAGGAUUGCUGGUCAGGUGGGUGGUUUUGUGUUUGAGAAGAAUUCACGAAAAACACAAAAUAAUAGGAUUAUUAUGUCACCAUAAAGCUUUUUCCGCUUUUCUCUAUGUAUCUGUCCGUCAACUUCACCACCCAUGAAUCAACUCUCUUUUAUCUCUCUCUCUGUCUCUCUCUAUCUCCCUCUCCCUUUCUCUCUUCCCCUCUCUCUCUCCCUUCCCCUCUCUCUCUUUGUUGCUCGCUUUGUAUAUCAAAGGUUGCUUCAGCGAAUAAGAAACAGUGAUGUUCCUGAAGGCAACAAGAAGAGCAUGCUAACAUCAUAGCCAAGUUAAUUGCUUGAAUGCAUUCCUGCCUGUGCACUUGACUUUUAGACGCCUCUAGAAAACACUCACUCAGGUUGAGGUUCCAUGUUGGGAUUAAAUAUUACUUGCAUGAAGGCCGGAAAUUCUUCUGCCGGUGAGUGGUUUUAAUAUAAAGAAAUUGGUGGGGAAAGAUCUGCCCUUGACUUCGAAAAGAAAUUCUGAACACUGAGGACAUAAGGUCAAUGUUAUCCUGUAUGCUCGGCGUGUUGAAAGGACAAUGAAUAACGCACGUUGUACAUUCCAAUAAAAAAAAAAAAGAAACACCGAAAAACCGGAGCUUAAAUGCCACUCACUUUAAUCAUGCAUU